UAGUACAACGUGCUUGCUACCCUCUUGUCUUCCUCACGAGUCACCCGUGAAGCAAACCGUCCGCCCCCGGAUUCACCCCCGUGACGCCGGCGCCGUCGGAACCCCUCCUCCGCCGUCUACCGGCCGGCCGUUCCCCCAGAUCUGCCGUCGUGGAGAUCGGUCUCGGCCGAUCUCCAUCCCCGUCGCUUCACGCAGGAACAGGGCACUCUGUCUGAACUGAAGCACCUGGACUAUUUUUGGCAAUAAAGGGGUCACAAAAAGCUCCCGGCUGAUCUUCUUGACCGUGCCGCGACGAUGAGGACACAUGAGCGUGCUGCGAACUUGGCCCUUGCUGGUUUGAGCUUGGCGCCGCUGGUCAUCAACGUGAACCCGAACCUGAAUGUGAUACUCACAGCGUGUCUUACCGUCUAUGUGGGCUGUUACCGGUCUGUCAAGGCCACUCCACCCUCUGAGACGAUGUCCAAGGAGCACGCGAUGCGGUACCCUCUGGUGGGGAGUGCUAUGCUUCUGUCUCUGUUCCUGCUGUUCAAGUUCCUCUCCAAGGACCUGGUCAAUGCUGUUCUCACCGCCUACUUUUUCAUUCUUGGGAUCGCCGCUCUCUGCGCAACGUUGCUUCCUUCCGUAAAGCGUUUUCUUCCAGAAGGGUGGAAUGAUAAUGCCAUCAUUUGGCGUGCUCCGUAUUUCCACUCGCUCUCGGUGGAGUUUACCAAGUCUCAAGUUGUUGCUUCAAUCCCAGGAUUUUUCUUUUGCGUAUGGUAUGUCAUGAAGAAGCAUUGGCUGGCCAACAAUGUUUUGGGAGUUGCAUUCUGUAUUCAGGGAAUUGAGAUGCUAUCACUAGGAUCGUUCAAAACUGGUGGUAUUCUCUUGGCUGGACUUUUUUUCUAUGACAUCUUCUGGGUUUUCUUCACUCCAGUUAUGGUCAGUGUUGCUAAAUCAUUUGAUGCCCCAAUAAAGCUUCUAUUUCCCACCGCAGAUACUGCACGCCCAUUCUCUAUGCUUGGCCUUGGUGAUAUCGUAAUACCAGGCAUCUUUGUCGUGCUCGCCCUGCGUUUCGACAUCUCGCGAGGGAUCAAGAGCCGCGGUUACUUCAACAGCGCGUUUCUGGGAUACACAGCGGGUUUGACAGUAACAAUAGUUGUGAUGAACUGGUUCCGAGCCGCGCAGCCUGCUCUGUUAUACAUCGUUCCUGGCGUGAUUGGCUUCGUCGCUGUGCACUGUUUAUGGAACGCGGAAGUAAAACCGCUGCUGGAGUUCAGCGAGGCGCAAGCUGAAGAGAAGGAAGAAGGUGGAGAUCCUGAUCAUCAGAGCAAAAAGGCAGACUAGCAUUCGAUAUAGCUGUGCUCAGGUCUUUUUAGUCGGGAGAAGAUGGCCAGAGGAGAAUUUUCAAUAGACCGGAUGAUCUCAAGAACCGAGAAAUCCAUUCGCAUCAUAGAACUUCUUUUUUUUUUCGAAAAUUAAUUUCUGUUUGGUUGUAGAAGAUGGUAAAAGGUAACUUAGUUGCUAACUUGCUAUGGGACUUGCAACAGCAUCCAGUUCAGUGACAUAGACAUGAGUACAUGGCUUUACCUGCUGCCAUCCAGCAUUCUGUUUUCUCACACCGACUUGUUCGUGAUGCUGGCAUCAAGGAAUUAUUUGGUCCUUAUUAUACCCUAUAUUCGGUGACA